CAGGUUGAUCCUAUCAGUAACCUUCCAUUGGAAUGUGUGAUACGGAGAGUGUUCAAAAGUUCUGAUCGAGAUGAAUGUAUGUUGCUAUGUCCUGUUGACACGCCUGUGCAAAUAUUGAAGAGCACACGUGAUGGAUGGUACAGCAUUAGCGACGAGGAAGUUGAAUCUGUUCUACCUGCUGCAGCUUAUGCACUUGCCAAGAUACAUAUGCAUCUUGUUUAUAGUGGGUACUGUUACACAGCACGUGGCGGUUUUUGCUAUACAGAUAAAGAUAUACUUGACUUCCACACAGGUGAGGAUUUCUUUAUUUUCCCAUUCAGUUUGGAAUAUUUUCUUGUUUAAAUGUCCUUUUUGGCC